UCAGAGAGAGGGAGACUAUGCAGCCUGCCAUACAGAAGUGUAUAGGGCAGUGGAUGUAAAUAAACCGUGUAUCCAUACUUUUCUUAUUCCCACCCCCUUUUACCCGAGCCAGAGACGGGACUUGGAUAACGAUUCGUGAUGAAAAUAUCAUUGGGGACACCCAAAAUUAAAUAAUCUGAUAACGUAAGGGCCUUCCGCAAAAAAUCGGAUUAAUUUUAAGGGUGAGGACCGGGAGUGCUGGGGAGCUCGUCGCCGGCUUCCGGACAUUUUGGGGCGGCAUUGAAACCGCAGACGUCGCUCCUGGGGAGAAAGCAAGCUAAAUAAUCUUCAGCAUUGGAGUAAAAUCUCUGGAAGUGAUAGAUUUUGUUUCAGCGAUGUCCAGGAAAGUCCAAAGAAGCGAGGUGUGCGCCGACUGCAGUGCACCAGACCCGGGGUGGAGCAGUAUAAACCGAGGGGUUCUGAUCUGCGAUGAGUGCUGUUCUGUGCACAGGAGCCUGGGCCGUCACAUUUCCAUCGUCAAACACCUGCGACACAGUGGCUGGCCUCCUUCCCUACUGCAGAUGGUGCAGACCCUGGCCAGUAAUGGAGCAAACUCGAUCUGGGAACACUCUCUGCUGGAUCCAGCACAAGUUCAGAGUGGGCGCAGGAAACCGAACCCACAAGAUAAAGUCCACCCCACUAAGUCAGAGUUCAUUCGCGCCAAGUACCAGAUGUUAGCCUUCGUCCACAAGCUGCCCUGCCGUGAUGAUGAUGGGGUCACUACGAAGGACCUCAGCAAGCAACUCCACUCAAGUGUGAGGACAGGAAGUCUGGAGACGUGUUUACGGCUGCUGUCACUAGGGGCACAAGCCAACUUCUUUCACCCGGAAAAGGGCACGACCCCUCUACAUGUGGCCGCCAAAGCGGGGCAGGUUCUGCAGGCCGAACUGCUGGUGGUGUAUGGAGCGGAUCCAGGAGCUCCAGAUAUCAAUGGCCGCACACCCAUAGACUAUGCCCGGCAAGCAGGUCACGUGGAGCUUGCCGAGCGCUUGGUAGAGUGUCAGUAUGAGCUCACAGACAGACUGGCCUUCUAUCUGUGUGGACGUCGCCCAGAUCACAAGAACGGCCAUUAUAUCAUCCCUCAGAUGGCAGACAGAGCUCGCCCUAAGUGCCCGACGCAGAGCCUGGACCUCUCUGAACUGGCCAAGGCAGCCAAGAAGAAGCUUCAAGCGUUAAAUAACCGUUUGUUCGAGGAGCUGGCUAUGGAUGUGUACGAUGAAGUGGACCGUAGAGAGAAUGAUGCAGUGUGGCUGACAACUCAGAACCACAGUACGCUUGUGACGGAACGGAGCGCCGUCCCCUUCUUACCCGUCAACCCUGAAUACUCAGCGACACGCAACCAGGGGCGGCAGAAAUUGGCUCGCUUUAACGCACGAGAAUUCGCCACCCUCAUUAUCGACAUUCUCAGUGAUGCCAAGCGACGGCAGCAUGGAAAAGGCCUUACAAGCCCCACAGACCCGCUGGAUCUGAGUCAGGCGGAUGAUGACCAACACGAUUAUGACAGUGUAGCGUCUGAUGAAGACACAGACAGCGAGCUAACCGCACAGAAUAACAACAACACUCAGCGCAACAACCGAGCCAAGAGCAUGGACUCGUCGGACCUGUCAGAUGGGCCCAUCACACUACAGGAAUAUCUGGAGGUGAAGAAAGCAUUGGUCUCCUCAGAGGCCAAAGUUCAGCAGCUCAUGAAGGUCAACAACAACCUGAGUGAGGAGUUGCGGAGGCUUCAGAUCUCAAUCACGCGGAUGCAGAUGGAGAACAGCGCGCUGCGGGGGGCCCAGGCUGGGGCCGGGGGUCCUCUGACUGGGGGUGGUGGCCCAGGGCUGUGGCCUGGUAGGGUAAGGGGUACGGGCAGUGGCGGAGGGGUAGGUGGAGACUCCAGCCUAAAUGCACCCUCGUCUGCCCCCCACCGCCGGGAUAGACAAGCUUUCUCUAUGUAUGAGCCCGUGGGGACCACCCCCAAAGCUCACACCCCAGCCCUGGACCCCCUGACGGGCCGCCUGCAGCCUCUCAGCCCCGUGCGAAAGUGCGCUCCUGCAGGUCCCACCCCCUACGGAGGAGCACACCUGUCAGCCUCCACUGAUGGGCGAUAUAAUCCUCCAAAAGCAGGAGAGAAAUAUGGGAGCGGAACUGAUAGUGACUAUGACAACUCUCAAACAUAUGACGUCUCCCUUGGUGUGGGUCGCAGCAGUGAGGAGGACAGCAGGGGAGAUGUGGAAGACACAGAGGGUGAGCCGGACCCCACGCUGCCCUGCACAGAGGACGUCAUCCUCAAAACCGAGCAGGUCACCAAGAACAUCCAGGAGCUCCUGAGAGCUGCACAGGAGUUUAAACAUGACAGUUUUGUGCCAUGCUCAGAGAAAAUCCACUUAGCUGUGACCGAAAUGGCCUCGUUGUUUCCCAAGAGACCAGCGCUAGAUGCAGUGCGUUCUUCCUUGAAGCUCCUGGCCGCCAGUGCGUCCCGCCUGCAGGUGGAGUGUCGUAAAGCGGCGCCCUCCGACUCGUCGGCCAGUACGGUGGACUACCAGCUCCUCACCCAGCAGGUCAUCCAGUGCGCCUACGACAUCGCCAAAGCUGCCAAGCAGCUGGUCACCAUCACCACCCGCGAGAAAAAACAGUGACCCUCCAGCACACUGGGGUCCUCAAGACUGAGAAACGGGAGAAAAGAGCAAGACACUAAGUAAAACUGACGGCUGGGAAUCGUUGGUCAGGUAGAUGGG